AUGAAGUUCGAGAGGCGAAACGGCAUCAUCGUCAAGCUGAGCCUAGCUAAUGACUUUGGACAGUUCUUCCACCAGAAAGUUCAAGGCAUCGUCUCUUCCUUAGGUGGUGAUGGCAAUCUUGCUGACAGCUCGUCUCCCUGCAACUACUCCUUCAAUGGAUUUGAUGUAGUAUCCGAGGCAACUGUACAAAGAACUAUCAAGGAGAGUCCUUCCAAGUCAUGUAGGCUUGAUCCUAUACCAACAACCCUCCUCAAGGAUUCUAUUGAUGAAGUGGUUCCUGCGGCUCUAUUUACGAGAAAGAAGGAAGUAUUCUCCAGGUUAGAUGAUCUUGAGAAAGUAUGGAAAUAUGCUUACACCAAGCUCUCAACCAUGGGAACAGAUGAUUAUGUUCAAGUGACUUGUCUCUUAGAGGAGGUGGAGAAAGUUGAUGAACUUCAGGUGGCCAUGGGAGUAGCAAAAGACGAUUCAUAUUUUGGCACAUUUUAUAAAAAGUUGAAGGAAGUAACAAAACUGAAGGAUGGUCGAGUAAGUCGUCUAACGGCUCUGGUCACUAUCAAGCAAUAUUGGCAGUAUGUUAACGACACAGUGGUUCAUAAGAAGGAAGUAUUAGCUACUCUCAUGAACUUGAGUGAAAAGGAUGAAAAGGACAUGAACAGUUCAAAGGACAAAGGCAACAAUUUCGUCAAAGGAAAACGAUACCGCAAUGCACAUGACAUGUAUACCAAGGCUCUGGCAAUAGGUGUAUUCAACCACAUCCUGUACAGCAAUCGUUGUCAGACGGCACUUCACAUGGAAGAUUUCUGGGAUGCGUUGGUGGAUGCCCGUCGAGCCAUCACAAUCAAACCCGAUUGGCAAGAGGGUCAUUACCAUUACGCCCAAGCUUUCUUUGAGCUGAAGAACAUUGACCGUGCGCUGCACGAGAACAAGCGAGGGCAGGAGCUGUGCGACGAUGGCGGGUCCCAAACGGGAGACCUCCAGCGGCAGGCGACCAUGUUCAACGAUAAGAAGAAGAGGCUCGUUAGUCUCAACAGCAAGAAGGAGGAGGUGAGAGAGUCGGAGACGGACAGUGAUAGCGAUUCAGAUCGCAAAGGGAAAUCCCGAAAGCCAAGCAAACUCCCAGACAUCAAUCAAGAUCUGCAGAAGAGCAAGGAGGACUUCAAUAAGAAGAAAGCUGAAGAAGCUAAGAAGAAGAAAGAGGAAGAAGUGAGGAAGGAGAAAGAAGUGGCAGAUAGGAAGCGAAGGGAAGCGGAAGAAAGGGAGAGGAAACGCCAAGAAGAGCAAGAAAUUAGACGACGACAACGGAUUAUGCACGAUGUAGAGGCCUCAAACAAAAGCUCGGAGGAGGAUGAGAAAAGAAAAGCAGAAAGGAACAAACGAAAAGCUGAGAAGGCGGAGAGGAAACGUAAAGAGGCAGAGAAGCAAGCGCAAGAGCGAGUGAAGCGAGAUGAGAAGGAAAAACAUGCUAAGGAGAAGGAGAAACAAGCCAAGAGGGAAGCUGAGAUAGCAAGGCAACAGAAAGAACAGAUGCGAAGGGAAAAUGAGCGUUUGACCAAGGAGAGGAAUGCUAUAGAGAAGUGUCUAGCUGAUGGUUCCCUAGCCCUAGUCAGCGGUCAGUCUCGCCAAGCUAUCACCCAGUACGACAGGGCUGCAGAACUCUUGAAGGCUACUAAAAAGGAGCAUUAUGGGAUGCAUGAAGCAGACUACUUGGUCUUCCUGUAUGCUCAGGCCACAGCCUACCUCAAGUCCGGAAUACCUUUAGAAAUCAACGAAGCUCUGUCCAGGUUUGAAAGCAUCACAAAGGACUUCCCCAACAUGCGAAAUGGACUACCUUUUUACGGCCUGGCGACAGCGCUCUUCAAAUUAAACAGGUUUACUGAAGCGCUUGAUCCUAUCGAGAAGAGCCUGUUCAUCACCACUCGAUUCGAUCAGACCAUCCACACAUGGCCCGGAACCUCAACCAACAUUGAAGAGACGGAGGAAGGCAAGCUCGAGGCUGCACUGAAAGAGCUUCAGCGUUGGUGCAAGAACCCACCCAGUGCCGACGCCACCUGCAGGUACAUGGAGUGCACCUCCAAGAGGGAGAUGUACUUCUCCGACCUAGACUUCAAGGGUUACAUCAAGGUACAGUGCAGCGAACGUUGUUACAUCGACUACCACAUCAACUGCUGGAAGGCCAUCAAGAAUGAGAGCAAUAUCUUGGGCGAGAAGGAGGCUCUGAAGACUAAGUGCUCAACACCCGACUGCCUAGGAACCUUGAGUUACAUUAAGGUGAUCGAAGGUAAUGGAAUCAUCAAGACAGAGUUCAAGGUUGAGAAACCACCAAAGCCAGCCAAGGAUGAAGCAAAGAAGAAAUCUGCCCCGAAACCCACCAAGGACCAGAAGAAAGGGAAGAAGUUUCGGAAGUAUCACCAAAGUGAUAGCUACAUGUACAAGGCAGAGAAGGGCCAAGGGGAUGCUGAAGGUCAACCUGGACAUGGUCAAACAGCAGAGGGCGCUCAUGCAGAAAAGGAAGAUUCAUCCAGUAAAUCAGCUCAUAGAGCAACCAAACCCAGGACCGGAUCGGAUGCUGGUAUUGCCGCGGCAACAGACUCCACUCAAAAUGAUACCUCCAGAGUCCAGGGAGCCGAAGGAGAAGCAGAGAUUAAACCAGAAGCUACCUACGUACUGAAGAGGGACGAGUUUGAUGACGUCGAACAGAAAAAGACCAACAAAGCCCAGCCUAAGAAGAGCAGAAAACCUGUGACGUUGCAUGAAGAAGCCUCAAACAUUGUCCAAUUUGAUUUUGGGCCCACCACGAGACAUCUCUAUGGAGCAGAUGAUGCAGAAGAACUUCAAGAGAGGAAGAACAGGUGGCAUUCAACCCUGACUGUUUCGGAGGAUCGUCCCUUUGCCAUUCCUGAGUACCUACAGGAUGCUGCGAGGAAGAUGGACGCAUCGUUCCAGAAGGAAGGAUUCAUCAUUGUGCCAGAGACAGAUGAAGAGAAGAGUCAGAAAACGGUCCUUUUCCUCCAUUUCAACGACAUCUUUUCAAGCAAUGGCCCUCUCUAUCUUCAAGAUCCAAUCAUAACUAGAUAUAUGGAACACCUGACAUUUGAGCACCAGGAACUUAUACUUAAACGAGGUGGCCUCAAGCCAUUCCUUCUCGAAUCCGAAGACAUGGUCGUCAUUGGUGAUUACGCAAGUAUGAAGGGUGAUGCUCAGAAGUGCAGAGAGCUAGCGAUCCGUAACGGAUAUCAGGAAAGGGAACUAAGUGGUGAUGUUGCGGGUUACUCUCUGAAUCCUAACUCUGUUCCGUUCAUUCCCGGUCUUGGUGGCUAUAACCCAACCUUGUCGGUGGGUCUUGAUCAGUUUGAUGCGAUGACAAAGCGAGGUCCCGUCUCUGGGUUGGACUCUUUCGACGGCGAUGAGGAUAGCGAUGAAGAGGACGAUAACGAAAUUAAAACAGAAGAGAGCGAAGGGACCAAGAAUGAAUCGGACAAUGACGACACCACCACUUCAAGCGAUGAUGAAGAUGACGAUGAGAAUGAUGACAGUGAUGAUGACAACGAUGAAGCCGAAGAUUCGUUCCACGAUGCUUCGUCAGAGAUGCAUGCUUCUAAUUACGAAGGAAUAGAACCAGAGCUGUAUCAGUCGAUACUUGAAGACAAGGUCAGCGUUCCCUCCAAUUGCAAGGUCGAUGGGAUCGACGAUGAGGACUACCAUUGGGAAGAUCACUAUAGCUCCAAGGAACUCACCAUGGAGGAAGUGGACGAUGAUGUGGUAGUCCAUGGGGAGACGGACAAAAAUGGUGAACAAUCACACGUACAGCGCGGUGGAGAAGGGACAAAGGGAAAUACAGGGGCUAGUAACAAUAUAGAAUCCAAAGACACUGUUGACUCUGCAGAGGGUCGUGAACGGCAAGAGAGUGUAACUAAGUUGCCUGUUCCUUCUGAAAUGGACAGAUCUGAUUUUGAACUUAUUAGGGAUGGAAUCAGUGGUUGUCAAUCUGAACAUGAAAGUAGUAUCCAAAGCGAUGGACCUCGGAGUGUAGUACAAGAAUCUGCGAGUAUAACUGAAAAUCCUGGAAAACUCAUGGUGGUUAAUGGGGUUGCUUCCAUUUGCUUCCCGAGUUUGGUGGGAGCGCCAACAGAACAACCCUACGCCGAAUCUAAUGAAAUGACUUCUGAAUUGAACAAAGGUACUGUUAAUCAGUCUGUUAGACCAGAUAAAGCUGACAGUGACGAUGGCACAUCUGUGGAUGGGGUUUUGAAUCCCCGACCUGAUGAUGAAGUAGUUGGUGCUAGCAACACCAAGAAAUUUGAACAACCAAUCUCAAAACCAGUAGCAACCCCUGUAUCGAAUAGCACCCAUGUUGUUAAUACGGAGACCACUAUGCCAAAGGUUAAUAGACAGGAGAGUGGGAAAGAAACGCAGGAAUUGCAGAGGACUCCAUUAUCUGAGAGCGACUAUGAGAAGAUGUUUGAAAAGCGAAUGCAACAGUGGAAGGACCAACAACCAGCGGUCCACGAGCAGAGAACCUUCGGUACGAACACGGAUGAUUAUGUGAAUCAGCAGAUGGAAUCUCUUCAGAGGGCUUUGGAACAGGCAGAAAACAACAAGAAGAUUUCAGAAGCGAGGAUGAUAGAAUAUCAGCAAGCCUUCACCAGGAGGGCAAAUGAAAAAAUCAGGAGCUUACAGGAGAAAUAUCAGAAAGACUUGGAUCUGCGUGAGAAGAAGGCAAAAGAAGAGAAGCAGUUGCUGUUCAAUUCCCUGCACCAAGUGGAAGCCGAAUACCUCAAACAAAAUAAGAGAUUAAAUGUCCUCGAAGAGUAUGAAGAAUCACGCGAGAGAACUAAGCAGACUCUUGCCAACCUCAACGAGAAAAACAAGAAACUGGUUCUAGCCUUAGCCAAUGAGAAUGAUAGACUUUGGAGGGUUUUGGAACAGGCAGAAAACAACAAGAAGAUUUCAAAAGCGAGGAUGAUAGAAUAUCAGCAAACCUUCACCAGGAGGGCAAAUGAAAAAAUCAGGAGCUUACAGGAGAAAUAUCAGAAUUCUGUCAAAGACAAAGAGAAGACUAACAAGAUGCUUGAGAAGCAGUCUAAGAAGUUGACGACGGAAAAGCAAGAACUCCAUGACAAUGUGUCCAAACUCCAGUUUGAGAUGGCGCUGCUCAACGAGGAUCGUCUCACCGCAGACUCCAGGAGGACCCAGAUGGAGAAGGACAUGGAGGAGUCUCAGAAGGUUUUCAAGGAGCUGAAGGGAGGGUGGGAUGCCUUGGAGCUACGUCUAAAGGCCAGGGAUGAAGAGGCUGUGAAGUCCUUGGGAAGGGCGUGCAAAGCUGAGAUCCAGUUCCUGCAUCUGUUUAUGGCCAAGGAGCUGAAACCAUUGGAAGAAGCGUGCAAAGAAGCAAAUAGCCACAUUCAAACUAUAGCUAACAUCCUCCAAAAUAACCCGAUGAUGGAGGAACAUGUUAGAGCCAUCAGGAGUAUGUGGCAAGAUUGCCUCGCAACCAACCAACGAGCUGCAUCAAAAGCACAGAAUGAAUUUCAGAAACAGGUAAAUGCCAUCCAGAAUGGUGCUACCUUGGACUCUAUGAAGCCUGUGGAAGUCCCUGCCCCUUACAAACCUGAAGGUCUUGUCAAGGGAGCGAGCGGCUCACCCACCUCCCAACCAGCCUUGACCCUACCUUCCUCCAUGGCCCAUGAACCAGGCAUGGCUGCCCCAGCCCCAGGCUCAUGGACGAUGUCGGCCCCCAGGAUGAAACCUGUAGACCAGGAUGGGAUCAUAGCGGCGCCCACGGCAGAGGGGGUGCCUCUGAAUGGUGCAGGUGUGGUGGAGAACCAACCUGCUUCUCACACCAACCCUGAAGCUCAACGCAAAACCUUGGCCAUGGCCCAAUCAGAGGCUAUGGCAGAGGCCCAGGCCCAGGCUCAAGCUCAAGAACAGGAACAAGCUCAGGCCCAAGCGCUAGCCCAUGCACAAGCUCAGGCUCAGGCUAAGGCUAAGGCCCAGCAGAUACAGCAAGCCCAAGCCAUGAGCCGAGCCCAGACUCCACCGGUAGUCUCCCAGGGAGAAGCAACCACUCAGCAAGCUGCUAUGUCAGGCAACCAGCAGUCUAAUGCUAUUCCACCAAACAUGCAACACGCUCAGCAUCAAAUGCGGAUGUCGCAGCAACAAGGGGCUGCCGCUCGCCACCAACAUCAGGUACAACAGCAACAACAGAUGCUUGCACGGCAGCAAUACAUGGAACAACAAGUGGCACGACCUAAGAACAGUUUUGAGCGGAUUAUGCUGAGGCUGCAUGGCUUCUUCCCUAAUUACAACAAGGUUCAGCUGACUGGUUUUCUGAAGGAGGUCCGCACAUCUAACAAUGGCUCCCUUUCUGGUCUGUCGGUGGAAGAGAUCGUCCGUCGUGUUAAAGACCUCGUCCAUCAACGGCAACGCGAGACAGCAGGCAAUGCUUCUCAGAGGAUGCAGAACAAGGGCUUCUCAAACCACCAGGGCAUGUCUGGAGGUCGCCCCACUGCCCCUCCGGCCACCUUCAACACCCAGCCCAAGCGAUCCUCUUACUACAAUGCCCCAACCCCACCCCAGCCGGCCUGGUCGACAGUGGGCCACAUCCAGGGGCUUAACUUGCACAAGGAGCUUGUCGAUGGAGAGGCGGAAGAGGAGGACCCCUGCGUGAUCUGCCAUGACGAGAUGAGCGGGGAUAACACCUUGGAGAUAGAGUGUGGGCAUAUCUUCCACAUACAUUGUCUCCAUGAAUGGCUGAAGCAGCAACAAACUUGUCCGACGUGCCGUAACUUCACCAUCCUCAAGGAUGACUACCCUUCACUGCACAAGUAAGAGAGAGAUGAGACGAUCAGAUCUCUCAAAAUUAAACUUGCUUUCUUCUACUGAAGAGGGGAUUUUUCAAAGUCGUGUGCCUUAGUUUGUUACUACAUUAUCUUCUAAAACCUAUCACCUCACCAGGAUCAUCUUUUUAUUUUUCUUGAGAAAGAUUGUUACUACAUUCUUGUAGACGAUUGUUGCACUUCACUCAUCAAUCAUCAAUAGUGAUCUGUCAGUUUAUGACAGGUUCAGUGACCCAUUCAAAAUUCUAUAUCAAGUGUCUCUCCGAGUUUCUCUCCAAGUUCCUCGGUCUUGAGCCAACCGUUUCAUCGUUUCAUACCCUGUUGCUCCACAUUGUGUGAUUACAUCGUCUAGAAAGCCUUUUCGAGGUCUUCCCCUCUUCUUCUUUCCAUGAAUACGACCUUCUAUGACUCUGAGCAUCAGACCCUCAUCAUGCCGCAUUAUGUGUCCAAGCCAUUUGUUCUGUCUCUCUCUAAUCAUUUGAAUCAGCACCCGCCUUUCUUGAGCUCGAUGCAACACCUCUUCAUUCGAAACUCUGUCCCUCCAAGACACACCUAGUAAUUUGCACCAGCACCACAUUUCGACCGCCUCCAAUCGCUGCAUGUCCUUUUUAGUGAGUGUCCACGUCUCA